AGUAUUUUGCGCGUAAGAUGAAUUAUGUGUUUUUAGUUGAAGGUUUUGUGUGACAACACAGGUGGACACGGAAAGAUGUGAUGAUUUGGACGGUGGCAGAGGAAACAUGGAAGUUAGGUUACUGCGCGGUCUCCUUUUUGUCGCCCUGACGGUUUGGACGUUAGGAGACGAUGGCCAGGUGACUUUUGUAUCAGAGCUUUCUUCCAAACCUGCUCAGAAGCUGUCAAAGUACAGCUGGUAUGGCAAUGUCAGGCUGCAGAGGUUCCACAUACCGGAGGAGACCGCCAUCGCCCGCUGGCUGUUCUCAGUGACAAAGGGCCACAGCUUCCACUGUGGACAGCAUAAUGUCACCAUCCAUAUUCGAUGGGGCGCCCCUCCUGUCAUAAACCCAAUGGGGUUGGUGUUUCCCAAUGCAACAGUCUGGAGCCCCUGUUUGUCUCUGAUUCUGCCGGUAACCUCACAGAACUCUGCAACGUUUAACCUCACGGACCCGGCUCCAGGUGAUUGGUACGUUGCUGCUCACUUGCCUGAGGAUGACGGCCGUAUAGAGCAGAAGGGCUUUCCAUCCUGCUCCUACUUCUUCCAGCCUCAGCUUUCUAUCAGGAGAGCAGUGGACACUCCUGUUUUACAGCAGGGAUCAUUCCUGCAACAGACUGCAGCCCCUGACAGACCUGCACGCCUUAAGUUUUAUGUUCCAGAGUUUGCCUCCUCUCUCGCCGUCUCUGUGUCUGACUGCUCGUCAGGGAGAGCAGCAGAGAGUGGAAAUUGUUCCCUGCUCCUCAGGAUUGGCUCUGUAUCUCUGCAGCAGGGCCCGGUAACAGUAAACUGCUCAGGGGUUGGCUGCUCUGCCACUCUCUCUAACCCACCUUGGGACACCUGGUUACAAGUUGUCGUGGAGAGCAGCCAAAUCAACCACACUGUGACCUUUAGCAUCUCCUCAAACCACACAGUGGGAUGUAAGCCAAAAAGUGUGGGCCUUAAACCAGAUGAUGACAUGAACAAGCGCCGCGUCAACAUCAGCCAGAGCGGCUCAACGUCAGCAGGCAACAGCUCUGCGUCUACAGAUGUGACCAGGUUUGGCAACCAGUCUGCUGCUCUGCUGGGGUCAGUGUGUGUGCAGAGCAUCCCUGUGCUGUGCGAGGAGCUGGACGUCCUCUCGCUCCGAUUCACACCCGUCAAUGGACCCAACGUCAGCGUCUCGGACACACACCCCACACUGCUCACCUACCCCCUGCACACACAAGCAACGGGUGGUACACUCAACCUGCAGCUCACACUCAACACUACUAAUACAACACUGGGGAACAGCAGCAGCGUGGUGGCCUGUUUUUCUCCCUGGGCUCCAAUCCUUGAACUCAACCACUCUCAGCCCUGUCGCACAGCUUUGUUCGGAGGGCAUGGUCUUAGCGUGAAUGCCAGUUUUCCUAAAGCUGUGGUCAGGCUGCCCUUCCCUCAGUCCACAACGUGGUACCUCACCAUGCAGCUCGUGUGCAACAGCAGCAGUAACUGUGGCAAUACAUCAGUAGCGUACGUGGUCCCGGAGGUGUUUAUCAGUGCCUGUGUAGAGAACUGUGGGCCGUAUGGCGAAUGUAGACUGCUGAGGUCCUACAGCUACCUGUACGCUGCCUGUGACUGCAAGGCUGGCUGGAAUGGCUGGGGCUGCACUGACGACUCGACGGCCCAGUCAUACAGUCGCCAGCUGACGUCGACUCUGCUGCUGACGCUCAGCAACCUGUCUUUCUUGCCCGCCAUCGUGGUGGCCAUCAAACGCUUCUACAUCACCGAGGCCUCCGUCUACCUCUUCACCAUGUUCUUCUCCACGUUCUACCAUGCAUGUGACCAGCCAGGUGUGGUCGUACUGUGUAUGAUGGAAUACGAUACCCUACAAUUCUGUGACUUCCUGGGGUCGGUCUGUUCCAUCUGGGUCACCAUCCUGUGCAUGGCUCGAAUCAUAGACGCAGCCAAAUAUACUCUAUUCAUGCUUGGGACUCUGCUGAUUGCCAUGUCAAUGCAACUGGACCGCAAAGGCCUGUGGAACCUGCUGGGCCCCAUCCUCUGUGCCAUAAUGUUCAUGAUCAUCACCUGGGUGUACCGAGGGGUCCGUCGCCGACAUUGUUACCCGCCCUCUUGGCGGCGCUGGGUUUGUUACCUCCUCCCUGGAGCCCUCUGCGCUCUCGUCGGAGUAUGUCUGUACAGUUUUGCCGAGACGGAGGACAACUACUACUACACACACUCGCUGUGGCACAUCCUGGUGGCCAGCUGCGUGGUGUUCCUGCUGCCACCGAAGGAGAGGGGGGCGCUGGGCUGGAGCUGGGGCUGGAGCUGGAGACCCAGGGUUUGUGGAUAUACACUCUGUCAGAGCAGCAAAGAGGAACUCUACACUGUCACAUAGCAGAUCAGGAGAGUCUGUAAAGAGGCAAAGCGACUGGUUAUUGAUUGUUGGACAGUGUGAUGCUUUCAAGUACAGUAGACAUUCACAAGCACUGUGUGCCUGAUAAAACAACACAAUCUGACUUUAUCUUUGACACAUUUUAAACAUGGGGUGUCGAAAUAUUUGACAUUAAUUGUGGAAAAAAAGCAAAAAAUAUCUACAUGAUAUUUGAUCUCGCCCAAUAAAACCCAAACAAUAUAAAAGGAGAAUAUUUUUAUUUUUAACCAUUUUCAAAGAUGCUUAGAUCCUAUUUGAGUGUAAUUUGGCUUCCAGCAAAGUUUAUUCUCUUUAAAGUUUUGUAAUGAGAUCAAUUAUCGUGAACGCUUUCGACCAUGAAAGUCAGAUAUCACAAAAGCCCUUUUUUAAAGCUUCAUAGGUAAGUAAAUUUAUUUAUUUAUUCUUUACAUAAAGUUCCACAGUUCAUGUGCAUCAAGUGUAAAACUGUCUAUAUAUUUGGAUGCAAACUCUUUGUGCAAACUGAAUCUGCUGCAACCUCCACCAGGAAUUGUUCUGAACACUGCAACCUUCAGGUACCAGACCUCCUGAUUUUUAGCCUCACAAGCAGGAGUUUGUGCUCAUCAUGUUUGUGUAUAUUUUUAGUAGGAUAGGAUGUGAAUGUUUGAAAUAUUUCUGUAUAAUAGCACUUUGUGGAACUCUUUUAAAUCCUUAUAUUCAGAUUAUCCUCAAGUCUCCAGAUGCAAUAUGAGAUAUUUACAGCUGAUACAAACCCUCCUCACUCUGGUAUCUUUGUUUUUUCCUCACAGGCCUUGGUAAAAUUUGAAGAAUUCAAACUUCUUGAUCAGUUUUAAAUGUGCUUCAUCCUAAACAGCCAGGUAGUAGCAAAAUAUUUGCACUCUUAUCACGUGGUUGGUCAAUGUUUCUCACAUUUACUGUUUCCUAACAAACUGUAUUUUUUUGUUGUAUUACUGUUCAAAACUAUCAGAGGUUCUUAUUGCAAAACUAAAUAGAUAUUUCUCUUUUCAUUUUAACUGUCACCCUGUCAGUGGAAAAGAAGCAGCUGAAGGUUUUAGUAAUAAUAAAAUACUGUAAUACUGGACUUUUACUGGCAGCAGCUGACGUUGUUUUAUGCCUCUUUCCUGUGGCAGAGAUGAGCCGUUGUCUUCAGAUGUCUGAUGAUCUCUGCAUGCUGCAUUUGAUGAAUUUUUUGCACGUUGAUGCAAGUCAAAGAAAACCCCUACAAAAGGAGUGAGAUGUACUAUUUGGUAACCCGUAUGUGGCUUUUCAGUCCCGACUUAAGCCUUUUUUUAUGAAACCUGACAAUAAGAUGCAAAGUUUACACCAAACCUUUCUUUCCUUAUUCACGGUCUAAUAACUGAUCACACAAAGCAUCUGUGAUUUCAGUUAAAUAAGCUGCAAAAUUGUUAGUGUUUGUUGUUAUUUAUAAACUGUCUUGGCAAAUCUGAGAGGUGUACUGUGGAUGGUUUGCAGUCAUAUUUAGUGUAAAGCACUUUGGUGCUUCUACACUGAACACAUGACCUGCUUUAAAAAAGUUUAUCUUCACAGUUUCAGGUUAAAUCGAGUGUAAAAUGCAUCGUAAGGUCACCAAUUCCGAUGAGGAUAUCCAAGACUUUAAUUAGACUAAAGCAAUAUUUAAAUGUAAUCGGAGACAAGAGUAGAAAAGGUAAAGUCUGAUUUUGUCAAAAAGGAAGAAUUUAAAAGGGGAAAGAAAACAUUGAAUAAAUAUUAGAUAACUGACAUUUCACUAAUUAUCUUUAACUUUAACUACUGUACCGCUUUCAGAUGUUGGUGUUUCAGUCUCCAAAUGUAACUUCCAAUUGUGUGAUUUAGUAACAUCUUUCUAGUUUAUAUAAAACACUUUAUCCAGCUUGAAACUCAACCUUAACCACAAACCAGCAUUAACAGCUACCCGUGUAGAUCAGGGGUCACAAUCUCCUGACCUCCUCGGCCAGUGUCCUGCAGGUUUUACAUGUUUCCCUGCUGCAAACACAUCUGACUCAAAUGAAUGGGUCAUUAAGAGGCUUGCGCAGAACUUGACAACAAGCUGUUGGAUAAUCAUUUGAUUUGAAUCAGGAAAACCUCUAAACCCUGAAGGACCCUGGCCUUCAAUUCUGUAGUUCUGUAGGUUUCCGGUCCUUGAGGGCCAUUGUCCUGCAGGAUUUUGUUUUUUUUUUUUCUUUCCCUGCUCCAACACGCCUGACUGAAAUUAAUGGAUCAUUUGAAUCAGGUGUGUUGGAACAGGGAAACAACUAAAACCUGCAGGAUAAUGGCUCUUGAGGACCAGAGUUUGACCCCUGUGCUGUACUUGGUGAUCCCUGAUGUAGAGCAUCAGCCUGUUUUGAGCUUCUGGGUUACCAGAAAAGCCAUCCUAUAAAGCAUUUUCCUUACUACUGUGGCACCAUUUAGAAUGAAACAAACAGGUAUGAUAUUUAUUUCCAAAAAGAAUAGUUACAAUAAAGAAAUAAUGCACCAACAAUUUCUUUCUUUUUGUGCUAAGUUUAGUUGUUAAUGCAGUAAUAAGUAAUAAUGUUCUUUGUUUUAAUGUCUUGUCUUGCUUUGCCAGUUCUCAGAUUAGAUUGGACGUAGAUGUGGAAAUUCACAGACCUAUGCCUACAAAUAGGAGAAUAUUCUCUUAAUUAAAUUUAGCUUUGAUUUGGUCUGAACCUAACAUGACUUCUGUGUUACUAUGAGGUGAAGAUCUCAUUAAAUGAGCGGCAAGUGUGUAUUUAUUCAGAUUUGUGCAACUAAUUAUUUUCUGCAGCGUCUUCACAACUUUCUCUUUUUAUUAAGGAAGUGUCAGGGAGUUAUCGUUAAAUCCCUUUUAUGGGAACGUACGCUGAGUUGAAGUUAAAUAGAAACAUCAGAACCAGCCAGCUGACUUAAAUCAAACUUUAAGUUAAACUUUAUUUAUAAAGGACUUUUCAUGCAAAAGCAGCACAAAGUAUUUUACAUAAUGACGACAAAUUUUAAAUAUAUAUAAAAUUUUCAUACAUUCAAGUAUAUAACAUAAAAAUUCACACCCACACAACACACAUAUACAACCCCCCACCCCUCUUUGCACCAACAUAAACUCUGACUUCUGGUUUCUCUCUCUUUAACUGAAACAUCACUAUUAAAACAUAACUUGCUGUGUUAAACUUGCUGCACCCUGAUGGAUUUCAGCCAUUUCUUUCUCAUCCAAAAGCUGGGAGCUGUAUAAUGGCUUAAUUUCUGUUUUCAGUAUCCAAAUUCCAAGGCCCAUUGAAUGCAGCACGCUCUCAGAUUUUUGCCAAACAGACCUUUUGGAGGCAGUUUAUGAAACAGACUUAAAACAACUUUAUCACAUUUGCAGUUGGAACUCCCAAAGACCUGUGAGCACUUUUUGAUGUUUGGUCCCAUUUAACCUUCUUCCAUGUGUGUGUCUUAACUGGAAUUCAGGGCCAUUUAAUUUAAUGUGGAAGUGGACUGGAUGAGACGAGGUAGCUUCGUCACACACUCGGAGAAAAUCAGGUUUACAGAUUGACAUGCAACUCCUCCUGAAACUUUAUUUUUGUCUUGUUGUAAAACUUUGAAUUUUUCCUUUUUACCAGCGUUAUUCUGAAGCACUUUUAUGAUGUAUUUUUACCUAAAUGUGUUUGAAUCAGCACUGGAUGAAUGUAUAUAAAGACUGUCUAGUGCCUCCUCUUGUCUUUUUUGUGGAUGAAUUGUGUGUAGUGCGAGUGUGUGUUUAGCUGUUGAACUCUUCAUAUUUCAAGUAAAAUAAGACCUGUACUCCAGUUUGUGUCAUCCAUGUAUUUGUCACAUUUUCCCUUGUGAUUUCACACAUUUUCAGUUUGAUCCUGUCAGCCUCCCUUGUUUCAUUUACUUUUUCAACCUUUUUUAUAUUUUUUUUAUUUUUUUGCUGUGUAUGCGUGAGACUCACUCCGUCACUUUUCAGUAGGAACGUGGGGACAAAAGCAUUUUACCACUACAGCUAAUCUUUGUUCUCAGUUUGAAGAACUGAAAUGUUUAUUGUAAAAUCUGCUUUUACUUCCCUGAUCUGUAAAGUUAUUUUCAAUCUGUUGAAUGUCAAAACAGCUUUUAGCUCACAAAAAAGUAAAUAAAUAUGUUGUACAGGGUGAAAUGUAAAAUGUUUUCGUGA